AUGCUCCUCGCGCAUUCUCUCCGCCGCCCCGUCCGCCGUCCGCGCCUCCUACCGCUCGCUCCCCCUUCCCCUCCCCCGCUCGCUCCCCAUUCCCCUCCGCCGCCCCGUCCCCUGGUCCGCUCCCCGCUCUGCCCCUCCCUCCGCUGCUUACACUCGUCUGAGCUUUGGAGUCGACUCAAUAAUCGACCUGAGCUAGCCACCUCUCCCCGACGGUGCUUGCCAAAGGAGCGACCUUCCCUUGACGGGUGGGCUGAGCGAGCGACCUCUCUCAAGCGAUUCCGCCUCCCUGUCGCCCUCGCGUGCCUCUCCCGGCCGCGUGUCGCAGUCGGGGCUUUAAACGGCGUGAUAGCAAUUGGGGCGUUGCAUGGCGUGACAGCAAUCGGAAUUGCGCCGUCGAAUUGUGUAACUGUAACGGAUGUCGGCGCGCUGCAGCGGAGCAUGCGGAUGGGGAUUCAUGUGGCUGCAGGGAUAAAGGCGGGUGUGACUGUAGUGAGUGUGAGAGGGAAUGCGAGAGGAGGGAUUGUAAGAGGGAGAGGGAAGAAAGGGAUUGUGAAAGAAGGGGAGGUGAAAGAAGGAAGCGGGAGAGAAGGGAGUGUGAGAGCGUGGAGAGUGGCAGAGGAAAGGGUGACAACAAAGAGGUUCGAGGACGGCCCGCUGCCAGUGGUGAUUCUGCUGGACUUUGAAACGACCGGGCAGGGCACCACGCAGAACCGCAUAGUGGAGCUGGCUCUCAGGGACGUGGCGGGUGGGCGGGGAGCAGCGUUGCACACGCUGGUGAACCCGUUCCCGUGGCACAUCUCUCUUGAUGCGGAGAGGGUUCAUGGGAUCAGCAUGCGCAUGGUCAACCGCCCCUCCGUUCCCCACUGGCGAGAAGCCGGGCGGCUGCUGGUGGACUUUGUAGAGGCCAGGCGGGCGGCGCAGGCAGAACAAGCAACAGUCUCAGUGCACAGCAGUGCGACCACUGGCGUCUAUGUCAACACCGAGAUGGGGGCAGGGAUGCGCAUGGGGAUGAUGAGUGCAGAGAUGAGUGCAGAGAUGAGCGCAGAGAUGAGCGCUGUCUCUUCUGCAGCCCCCCUGCUGCUCCCCCCAGUGGUGCUGGUGGCGCACAAUGGGUGGUCGUUUGACUUCCCUCUCCUGCGCAAUGAGUUACAGCGAGUGGGAAUCCCAGUGCCGCCCGGCUGGCACUCCCUCGAUUCCAUGCGCCUCGUGCAGAGGCUAUUCAAAGGUGCGCUGUGGCACUUCAAAGGUGCAUUGCUUCCUGCUGCUGCCCCAGUGGUGGCGCAAAGACACGGAUCGCAAGCCAGCGAGCAAGGAGCUUGGAUUCCUCUUCUCAACGCACUUCCGCUGCUCCCCCCAUCACCCCCUUUCUUCCGCCCCACCCCUCUCAUCUUUUCUUCGCCUCCCAUGACAUCGCCUGCACACUCUUUCCCUUCUCUUCCCUGA